AUGCUUUCCACUGCGUUCGAAUCGGCCGGACAUAAAUCUCUUCACUCCCCAAAUAAUAAUAUUGAUAACAAGAUUGCGUUAUCUAAUGAAAAUAUAAAAUAUGUGGAUCAGUACAAUGACUUAAAAACACUUAUAUUAGACCAUCAAAACAUUCUGAAAAAAUAUGAUGAAUUUUUAUCAAUAUUUCACCCAACGAUGUUACUGCAAGUAUUUGUUGUGUCGUGUUCGAUUAUUGUUUUUUGGUUCAUUCUUCUAACGAGUUUUAUGGAAGACGAUUUUACUCAAUAUAUGGCAUUUAGAUCCAUAGAAUCUAUUUUUGGAAUUCCUUUUUGUACUUCUCAAAUGUAUAUGUCAUGUUUUGUAUUUACUACAUUAAACAUUAAAAAAGAUGCUAUAUCAUUCGCGUUGUAUAGCUCAAAUUGGACAGAAAUGAAAAUGAAAUAUAAAAAAUUGAUUUUGUUAACAAUGAGAAUGAAUGAUGCACACCAAAAAAAAUUUCAUUAUACAAUGACGAGAACUAUUAACAUUGAAAUAUUUUAUCAAACUAUGCGUGUUUGUUACACAAUUGUAAAUGUGAUGUUAAAUUGCAAAAAAUAA